AUGGCUGGUGUCGCUUCUACGUAUGACGAGCCCGUCCACAUUGCCGUCAUUGGCGGCACAGGAAUCCAGUCGCUCCCCGGCUUCACCCUCGCCGCGUCGCUGAAGGUCGACACGCCGUGGGGCGAGCCAUCGUCGCCUAUUUCCAUCCUGCACCACCCCUCGCCCUCGUCCGGCAAGCCCACCCCCAUUGCCUUCCUCUCACGACACGGUCUGCACCACGAGCUCGCCCCGCAUGAGGUGAAGAACCGGGCCAACAUUGCUGCCCUGAGGAGCAUCGGCGUGCGCACCAUCAUCGCCUUUUCGGCUGUUGGCUCGCUGCAGGAGGAGGUACACCCGCGCGAUUUCGUCGUCCCAGACCAGAUUAUCGACCGCACCAAGGGCAUCCGACCCUUCACCUUCUUUGAGGGCGGCAUGGUGGGACACGUCGGCUUCGGCGACCCCUUCGACACGAGCCUGGCCAAGAUUGUGCGUCGCUGCGGGCACUCGCUGGAGGGCGAAGGCGUCCGUCUGCACGAUACGGGUCUGCUCAUUUGUAUGGAGGGCCCGCAGUUCUCCACACGCGCCGAGUCGAACCUCUACCGCUCCUGGGGCGGGUCAGUCAUCAAUAUGUCCGCGCUGCCUGAGGCGAAGCUGGCACGCGAAGCCGAGAUCGCCUACCAGAUGAUUUGCAUGGCUACAGACUACGACUGCUGGAGAGGUGGACCCGAUGAGGAUGUCAACGUUGAGAUGGUGAUGGGACACAUGAAAGCCAACUCGGAGAAUGCACGUCGAUUUGUCGGCGCGGUGCUUGACGAGCUCAGCAAGGAGGAACACGGCCAGUUGGUGCUUGCGAAGCACCUUGAAGGCCAAAUGAGGUUUGCGGGCGCCAUGACCCACAAGGAGGCCCGCGGACCAGUCGAGCAGAAGCUGCAGUGGCUCUUUCCGGGCUACUUCGACUAA